CUUUAUUCGACUCGUCGCUUCCUACUCGCGGACGCGACACGAAACACGUCUGUUUAUCAAGUGAACAAAUAUUUGCGCACGCGGUAAUCCUCGUCGUGUGAGUCAAUCCGUGCAUUUCGCGACGUUUACCUUAUAAAUAGCUGUCUCUCACGCGUUAUUCGCCCGUUUUUUCCGCGUCCGCAUGCAUCUCUCACUCGCUCCAAUUACGCAGUUCUCCCCUUUCUUUCGACCGCUCUCCCGCAGUGACGGAAUCGCCGGAUGCUAAAACGGAGUUACGAGGCUUUGGGAUCCCGAGGAUCCUCAUUGGGGAUCAGAAUAGAGGGACUUUUCGUCUCUCGCACAGCGAGGCUAAAUUCGACAGCGAGCAGGGCAAAAAAUUCGAAGGUCCCGCCACUGUUCCUUCGCGCUGUCUUCGUCUAACUUAGUGGCGAUUACAAUGGCUACCGCACAACUGAACAGAGCCAGAACUGUGAAGAAACUCGAAAAACCACGGCCGCUUAAACUAAACCAGCGUAACUCGACCGUCGAUGGGCGGAUCACGACUGUAGAGGAUAUAGUAUCCUUAAUCGACAAUGUUGCAAUGCAACUGAAUAAUGGCUUCCAUGACCGAACGCUGCAAAUGAAUAUAAUCUCCAUGUGUAGUCAUCUGAAACUCUAUGCCAACCAAUUAGAACCUAUUUACAAAGGUCAGCUGGACAAAGCUUUUGUGGCGAUCAGGAAUGGAAGUCAAAACGAUAAAUUAAAUCUGACGACCAGGGCUCAUAUGCUGGAACUAAUAGAGCUGCGAGCGAAACAAUGGCGUCACACCGAUUCGAUGGACGUGUACUAUAUGCAAAAAUUUUCGCAUCUGGACAAUACCGAGACGGUACCCGACACGCCCACGAAUUCCCUGUCGUCACCGUUAUUGGCAAUGACCUCGCCCACCUCAGCACCGAUCCUGGGGCCCGGCGAAGUGAUCAAGAAUAGCGGGAAAUUCGCGAAGCCCACGCGCAUACCGGGGAAGAACUAUUGCAAAGACGAAGUCGUUAUUCGCAAUAGCGACUCGGGAAAAGUGAUGGGAAUAAAAGGGCGGCGGGUUCACAUGAUAGAGGAGCUCAGCCAGACGAUCAUCUCCUUCCAGCGAGUAAACCCUGGAGCUAAAGAACGACUUGUCCAAAUCACGGGAACGUCCGAGGACAAGAUACAUUACGCGAAGGACUUAAUCAAAGAUACGAUACAACGAAAUGCAUCGCCAGUGAGACUGGAGCAGAGCGGCGGCGAGAAGGGAGCCAUGGGUGGUUCUAGUUCCUCGCUGAACAGCAGCGCGUCCGACGAAAGCAACAGGCUGCAGCACAACCAACAGCAGAAUUCUCGUCUGCGUUCAUCUCUCCUCCACAGCUUCUCCACCAACGACGCCAGUAUAGGCGAAUACAAGUACACGGUUACCGUCGGUAACCAGUCUCUCAAAAUUACUGGCUGCAAUCUCGACCUCGUCAGGACGGCGAAACUGGUGUUGGACGAACAUUUUCUUGGCGAAUGUGACAAUUUUACCAGCGGUAUAGAGUACUUCAAUUACGAGGACGAGCCUAACUUUGCCGUAACUUCCUCUACUCCCAAUGUUCACCGUACGCCGUUGGCGACGGUCAACGUGAACGCAUUAGGCCGAGAAUUGAGUGUGGAUAGUACCGCGACUUCGGAGAGCGAAGAAACGUACAAGCCUCGUCCGAUCUCCGAGGAGCUGUGUUCGACUCAACAAGUUCCAGAAGCAAGAGAACUUACGUACGAGUUUUUGUUGCUGUGCGCCACGGGCCCCUACGCGAAACGGCCCCCCGCGGAUUGGGCGCGCAUACAAAAGGAAUGUCCCAAUAUAGUUCGUAAGGCACCGAUUCGCUGGUUCGAACCGGAAGCGUAUAAAGCCAAAUUAGCAGCCGCUGGUCCCGUCGCGAUAUUGCCAAUUGGCGAAGCGGAGACCGAUCCCGAGUGAAGAGAGCCGAGAUCCGAAUUUUCGCCUCCUUCGAAGGAUUUCCUCGCGAACGAAUGUCCUUCUUCCCUCCCAGACCCAAUGUUGGUUUUGUCGCCGACAUUCAUAGAGAAAAAAGAAAGAAGAAAAAGAAACGUGAAAAAGAAUAACAUUGUAUCGUUCAUGACGAGAUUGUACGGCGCGUUUUCUUCUAAGGCGUGUUCCUCCGAGGAGACAAAAAUUCUUAUUUUGUCCGCGCUUAACAAUACGGAAACGAGAGACGUAAAGAUGCCGGAAGUGCGUAAUAUGUUAAAUGAUACUUCGUUAACAUAACGCCUAAAUGUAAAGAUUCGAUACGCGCUUUAUGUAAUUUACAAUUGAAAUACGCUAGUCAUUAGAGUCUAUCGAUUGGAGGUCAAUUUUCUUAUGCGCUUGUCUUUAUGCUUCUUUUCGUUCUCGACCGGAUGCAUCGUUGUGAUUCGAACCGCGCCACAAUACCAAAUUCGCCGACGGAAAGACAACAAGUCAUCGAUAUUGAUCCUUGGUUAGAGAAAGAGGGAGAUUGAAUUUGUGGAAACCAUACUGAAAGACAGCUAUUAAUUUUUUUUUCGUACGCAUAGUUACUACUAGAGUUAGCAGCGUUAGAAAAAGAGAAAAUCUUAAGAUCGAGCGUUCGGUGGUUACGAAGCGAACCUUUUGUCGGUUUGUCUUUUGCAAAGCGUAUCGUGCAGGAGAACGUGAUGAAUUUGCCGUUCAUUCAAUCGAAUCGAGAGAACGCUAGAUAUUCUCGAUCUUGAAAAAAAGAUUAAUCAUGAAAGACUAAUAUAUAUAUAAUACUUUAGGAGAAUAAAUACACACGCAUACACACCGAAAAACACGCGGUGGAACGCGUUGCGAGAACGGUUCCGCGUUUUUUUUUUUUUUUUGUAAUACAAUUACAAGUACGGGGCGAUCCGCAAAGCGGUAACUUCAAUUCUCGCGAGCAUAACGAAACGAGAAAUAACGAGCGGAGGAGAAAAAAAAUCGAACCGUGAUUUAGCAUAGUCUAGUCUCUCUAAACCUAUUUCAAAAUAGGGAACUACCACUUUGGUAUUUAUUUACUCUGCUGUGACGCAAUAACCAAAAAAGGAAAACCGAAAAAAAAGAACUGAGAGAAAAUUUUCGAGAGUUUAUAUUUUAUAUACGGGGCUAUAUAUAGAGACGCGAAAACGUUCGCGCGUGCAGCGCGCGACACACGGGAAUUCGUCUCUCACGGAGUCGAUGGUUGCACGAUCGUUUUUGUUUCUUCUUCCUUCAAAAAAGUGGCAAAUUAGCGUGCGUCGUACUUCGGAAAAAUGGCCGAACCGACGAGAAGAAAUUUGUACUUUCAAAAUGCGUGCGAAGAAUAAAAGUCUCCGAAAAUGAUCGCGCGACCGAUUGACACUUCGGGCGAUUCUAUGCGAUGUAAAAUGACCCACCACACGCGAGGAUCAUCCCGGAACGACACCGCUGCUUUGCUGUCACUCGUGCAAUUAGCGCGAGACAUCGUUUCGCACUAAUCACCAAACUACCGAGCGAGUUCGUUACGCGAACGGGAUGAUACCGCUUAUUACAAGAAAUCUCAUUUCUUACGGCUUUAACGUCGCUCUCUGUCUCUCGUGACUCGGAAAUCAAGGGGUCAGCUUUGAGGAAGCUCGUAUUACCGUUCGUGUUCAAUACUCCUGUUGAGGGAAGAACGCGUCAACAUUGUUAAAACAAUUGUUAAGACUUGAAUCGACCGCUUGGUUUCCGAUCAAAGGGACGAGCCGACGACCGCCCCGUGUGUCGCACGCAAAUCUCACCGCAUCGCGAAUCUAGGACACUGCGUUUUCGUAAGUUUAUACACAAUUUAAUAUUUAUUACGGAUUUACAUCACUAUUCACUUCGAUUAAAUUAUAUAAUUUAUUUCUAUAUUGUUUCUCUAACUAACUGCGCAGUAAUAUGAUGGUACUAUUGUAUUAUUGUACUUUGUCGUUUAUAACAAUAAAUCAACAAAGUCAGACGCGCA